AUGUCCUCGGUCCCCGUGUUUGGACCGAGCCUGGAGGCGGACUAUACCAACAUAGUCCAGAUUGUGGAGACACAGAUUGAGACUCUGACAUACAAGGCAUGGCGGCGCCCCGAAGUGAUUGAGCAACUAGAAAGACUUUGUCGCGAUCUGGUAUUCCGAGCGACCUGCGAUGAACGCAAGCUUCGCAGCCAUCUUCUUGGAUAUUCCCAAUUCCAACGUUUCUCAAUGACACUCAGACUUUGCUUACCCGAGGCAAUCCUCGUCCUUAAAAGUGAUUGGACCAGUUAUCAGAUAAAUAACCGGACUUUCGAUUGGAUGAGAGAGGAUGAUAUUGAAUACUGGGCAGCUUGUAUCCUCAGGGACGCACUUCUUGCCGCACAAUCCACUGACUGGUACCUUUGA